ACGUUACAUUUGGACAUAAAAGGGAGCGUUUUUCCAGUCCACGGUAGCACAGUCCGCCCACGACUACCAUGGCUUCCACCGCUCCCGUCCUCCUUGCCCUGUGUGCCCUGGUGGCGCUGUCGGCUGCCAAUCCCAUGCCGGAGCCGAAGCCUUUCAGCCUAGGAAAACUCGCCAAUAAAGUCAAGAACACGGUGCUGAACUACGCCGGCGACAAGGCCCAGUGCCUGCAGAACUCCGGCGUGCCGACCAGCCUCAUCACGAAGGGCGUCGGCUGCGGCCCCACGGCUCUCGCGGGCCCCGAGGCGUGGGUGGCGUGCGCGGGUCUCGCCAGCUUCCCCGAGGCCAAGAAGGCCGUCAAGUGCUUGACGGGCUAGGGAAAGGCAAGUUCUGCAGACGUCAUAAACUGCGGGGAGCAAGCACGGAAGUACCUUAGGGCAUCGGGAGCAAGUCGCCAACAUUGCAAUUAACACCAAUCAUCCGAAA